AUGGAGAGGGAUCCGGAAGUCGGGGACAUGCUGCGGGAUCGGGAUCAGCGCCUGAUACAGGACGGGAGGCUGCGCAGGCUGCAGUGGGCUGUCACCGGCUGUGCCGUCUGCCUCGUCGCAUUGCUGGGACUCACCGUCUACCAGAUGUCCCAGAGGCCCGCUCCACCCAGCACCGACAAGGUUGAAAGGUCCCCUCAGAUAAGUGGACCUUCCCAGAAUUUUAAGGACACGAAACCCAGGGCUCAUUUAACAGGCAAGAGCCAAUACAAUGCAAAGCCAAAGGAUACUUUUCUACAGUGGGAAUCGAAUUUCGGGCUGGCCUACGUAAAAGAUGAUAUGCAGUAUGCAGACAAGUCGAUCCACAUUCCAAAAAAUGGAUAUUAUUUUGUUUAUUCUCAAGUGUCCUUGAAGAUUCCUUCCAACUUUGGAGAUCACUUCGUAUCACAGAUCAUAAGGCUGAAUGAAAACUAUGGUGCUCCGGAGGUUCUUUUCAGUGGAAAGAUUCGCAAAGAUGGACAGCAAACAAUCUACUUGGCCGGCCUUCUUCAGCUAAACAAAAACGAUUGGCUGAAGGUAAAUGUAACUGCCGUUGAUCAAGUGGAUAUCUCUUCAGAUGACAAAACUUUCUUUGGAGCCUUCUGGGUCAUGGAUUCCACUGGCCGCUGA